AACCCGCGAGGGGAUCCAAAUAAGCUCCACCUCCACCCGCUCCCGGCGGAAAUAGGUGAGCGGAGGCGCCGCUGGUAGCGCUGCUCGUCUCUCUCGCUUGUGAAACCGUAGAAGGGGAGAGAGCGAACUCCCUCUUGCCCCGGGUCACUGGGCGCAGGUUUCCCCCGCACAGACUCGUCCUGAGAACAAUAAAGGCUCCAAUUCCGUGCACGGCACGCUUCUUUGGGGAGGGGGACAAGCCGAAUUGGGUAGGACCGACUCCCCCAGGAAACAAGGGCAGGCUUGGGCUGACGCCGCUUUCUCCACAGCUGUGACUCCCCGCACGCGGAAACGAGUGCCCCCUUUCAGCUUUUGGGGGAGGAUUAGAAUAAUUCUGGAGAGACUUUCUCCUGUCUGCGACCGUCGGGGGAGAAAAGCGCUUGCCACGCCCACGGCAGUCCCUUGCACCCAGCUGGGAGAGGGGGAAAGCUCUGGGCCGGCCUCCCUCGCUCUGCGCCUCUCUUUGUUUGAAGCGUCAUUGCCACUUCACCGCAUGCAUGUGUUAACCCAGCCCCUUUCCUCUUUUGGAGAGUCACUCUUCCCACCUACCUCUACGAAACUAAACCCUGAUCACCUUCUGGGAAAGUUGCAAAUGUGCGGGCGAUUAUUUUGGUUUGCUUUUCCUCCUCUCAUUUGCAGUUCUGUAGUUUUUCCUUUUAUUUGGGGAACCACCACCGUAUGAGCAGCUUUUGCAAAGGAAAACGGGGACGCAUUUCCAAGAGCUGAUCCUUUCGGUUGCACCUAGUUCACGCAAGCAGUUCUCUAGCCUGUCUUCCUGCGGGCCGUUCCCCUUCCCCUCUUGAUUUUGGCUUUUGUCUGAAAGAACGAAACGGGAUCAGAAGAGGAGGAGCCAGGGUGUGUAAGGGGUUUACAGCCCCCUCCUCCUCUCCCCUCCCAUAUGGGAGCAGGCUGGAAACUGUUGUUAGGUAUGUGGUUCCUAGGUCAGCGGCACGCUGGAUCAAACUAGGAAGAAGCUGGGGGCAGUUUCGGGCGACCAUGGAGAAUGUGGAGUUCAGAGGCGGCCAGGAGAGAUUUCCGGACAAAGAUCCGACCCUGAAUCCUGUAUUCUUGGGUCCGGGGCAUCCCCAGCACCAGCAGCUGUUGGGGAUGGGGGAGCAGAGAGGAGUUGAUCCGUACAAAUUGGUGGAAGUGCAUUUGACUGGCGGAGCUCCCUGGGGAUUUACGUUAAAAGGAGGAAGGGAACAUGGAGAGCCUCUCAUCAUCACUAAGACUGAAGAAGGCAGCAAAGCUGCAGCUGUCGACAGGUUGUUGGCUGGGGAUGAAAUUGUCAGCAUCAAUGACGUGAACCUCUCUGGAUUCAGGCAGGAGGCUAUUUGCCUGGUGAAAGGCUCACACAAGAUGCUAAAGCUUGUGGUGAAAAGAAAAAACGAUCUAGCCUGCAGGCCCCACUCCUGGCAUGCGACCAAAUUCACCGAGAGUCAGCCUGAGACAGCCAUAUCACGGCUGUCCUCCACCAGUGUCUGUGCUUCAUGGCACUCUCGGUAUCAUGCAAGCUCCUCUUCUCAUGACCUAUCAAGUUCAUGGGAUCAGUCAAAUCUACAUCGUACUUCAGAUCAAUUCAGCUCUGCUGGAAGCAUGGACAGCUGGGAUCACACACCCCAGAUAUACCAGUAUGGACAGAUUUCCUCUGCAAAGUCCAGCAACAGUGUUGACCACCUGGGGAAUCCCAGCAAAAGAGAUUCUGCCUAUGGCUCUUUUUCUACCAGCUCCAGCACACCAGACCACACUCUCUCCAGUGUAGAUGCUGCCUCAACAGAGAAUGUUCUAUACAAAGCGGCCCACUGGGAAGCUCCAAAACAGGGGAAUGGCAAGGCUGCACUAAAUAAUAAUGGAGGAGGAGGAUUAGAGGAGAAAUCUAGCUGCUUUCCACCUCCACUGCAGUAUGAGAAUAGGAGUCCCCGACUGGAAGAUCACUCAGACACAAAGUAUUCUGGGGCUGGAAAAUCAAACUUUGGACCUGUGUGGUAUGUCCCAGAGAAGAAAAAAUCACCCUCUCCUCCCCCACCACCCCCUCCUCUCCGUAGUGAUAGCUUUGCUGCCACCAAAGGUCACGAGAGAGCCCAUGCCCCAUUGUGUUCCGAGGGUAUUCAGAGCACUCAGCACUUUGAAGUCCUGCACAGACCGCAAGCCAGGAGCGACCGGAGCGCCGAAUCUGCAGAACUGCAAAAGCGAACUAUUAGGGCAAUUGAGAGGGCUCCUGAUGGGAGGCAGGGCAGCAACCCAACCUACAGGUCUGAUCUCAGUCUGGAUUAUGGUUUGUCUCCUGCAGGUGACAGCCUCAACAAUAAUGUGGGAAAUGCCAACAGGCUGCAUUCAUCUCUGUCCAGUACUGAUGUUAGAUUUGCACAGUCCACUUAUGGCCAUCAUCGCCAGUAUAGCGAUGAAAGCACUUUCUUUCACAAUGCAAAGGUCUCUGCAUCACCUAAAGAACAGCGGCAUCUCUCUUCUUAUACUGGCAUUCAGGAAAAACCUGCUGACAAACAUGGUUUCCAUCCAAACCAAGCCAGGAUACUCAAUAGUACUACUGCUGCUGCUGCUUCUGACAUGAGUCCUGAGGAGAAAAUGGACCACACUGGCCUGAGUCGCUACUACUGUGUGACAAAACAUCCUGCUCAGGGAAACUCAAGACCACUACAUCUCAAAGAUGAAUGCUGGAAUCCUGGAAUAGGGGUUCAUGCUUCCUCUGGACCACAUGAGGAUUCUGGCAUAGCCUCAAUGGUCCAAAGCCCAAAAUACUAUCUACCUCAGCAACCCAUUGAGUCUCCUGUGGACGCCUUUGAAAAGAACAGUAAUUAUAUAGUGAAUAAAGGAGAAGAUGCUAGGGCUACUGUGAUGGAAGAUUCCAGAAAGACAAGUUAUCCUGAAAAAUCAGGGCAGACCAAGAACUUUGAGGACAAUAACAAUAGUUUAAAUGAGCAGGAACCUUCAAGGGAAUGUCUCCUAAUAUCUGAGAGUAAAGCUGCCCAAAGAGAUUUCAAGUGUGGUCAAGAAGAGAACCCCAAAAUUUCUCCUCAGAAAACCCCAAUGUUGCACUCCUUAGCUCAGGAAGGAAAAAGUCAGGCUAGUGUGGCCGCAGAAACUGGAAUUGAUAGGCAGCCUGCAUUUGACAUUCACCUGAGCAAAACUGCACGAAGGAGUGAUCGCUUUGCCACUACACUGAGAAAUGAGAUCCAAAUGAGGAAAGCAAAGAUGCAGAAAAGCAGAAGUACGGCUGCGUUAGCAAGGUCAACUGAGAUGGAAGAGUAUACUGAGAACUGGAAACCUGACUCUGCAGAAAAGGUUAUUCCCUCAUCAGAAAGUUCUUAUACUAAUGUGUACAAAGAUAAUCUGAAAGAGGCCCAGGCCAGAGUCUUGAAGGCUACCUCUUUCCAACGCCGAGACUUGGAACCCAGUGCUACAGAAUGUCUUCCAGAUAGGAAGGCAAAUUACAACUCUUCAUUGUUGGCUCUUGUUUCUGAAGGUGACUCUAAUUUCCUUGAAGCUAUGCAGCCUUCUAAACUGAGUCCAUCUGGUACCAGUGCUCACCAUAUUUCUCGCAUUGGAGCUAGAAAGAGAUUCACAACAGAACAAAAAUUAAAAUCUUAUUCUGAGCCGGAAAAGAUAAAUGAAGUGGGAGUGUCAGAAAAUGACUACCACCCACAUCAUCGUCCAACCACUUCUGAUGAAGCCUUGGGUUCCUUUGCAGAUAGGUGGAAGUUCUUUGAAGAAACAAGCAAGCCUACUUGUCAAAAAUCUUCACAGAGACACACACCCUAUGGCCGGCCAGAAGCUCAGCCUAACCCUUAUAGAAAUCCUCAUCAGAAUGAGGCCGAAGGGUCAUUGUAUGAAAGGAGGAUGAGGGCAGCUUCUUUUGGAGUUGAGAGUACACUUGGUGCUUAUGGAAGAUCCAAAGAAAGUGUUCAUUACAGUGGCCACAAAGCAAAAUCAGGACAACCUCAGAGGUUAGAAACUUUUGCAGAAUACCAAGCAUCUUGGAAAGAACAGCGGAAACCUUUAGAGACUCGGAGUUCAGGAAGAUACCAUUCAGCUGACAACAUCCUUGAUGCUGGCCAUGAACAACUUGAGAAAUCUCAGUAUACACAUGAGCGCUCCAGGUCAUCUCCUUCUACUGAUUUCUACAAACAGGAAAUAUCAGCUGAAGUAAGGAGGCAAACAGAAAAUCCAAGGAGAGAUGAAGAGCGUUUUUCCUCUACAGCAAUACCAGAUGAAAGGAACUGCAGUUUGAGCUUCUUUUCUAAGCUCACAGUGUCUCUUCAGCCUCCUCUAAUCAGAGAGCAAACUUGCCUUCUUUCUGGGUUUCAGAGGCCUCCUGAUACAGGGUACCCAGAAGGCUGUCCUGGAGAGCCAGCAGCUCAGCCAGAUUACAGUUUAGGAAACAAACGGAAGGUAUCAUCUGCUAGGCCCACACACACAGAGCAGCCCACAGUUGCAUUUCAGAGGAGCCGAGGUAGAUCUGGGACAUUGCCCAGCGAUUAUAGAUAUUCACAGGAAAAUGUGAGUGAGAAAAGCAAAGAUUACAAUGUGCCACCUCUUGAUAUUUCUGAACUACAAAUAUCCAGUAAAGAUCACUUCUGUACAUCACAAGGCAAAGGAGAGGAAAGUCUGCAGACAGAUCCAGCACUGUUGAAUAAGAAACAUGGCCUUGUGCCCCAGCGGCCUUCCCCAUCCAAAAGAGUUAAUAAAUAUAGACGACAGGACAAUUCUUCAGCAUCACUUGCUACUCCACCAGAGUCGUUACUGACACUGCCCAACAGACCAGUUCAAUCUGUCUCUCCUACCUCUGCUAAUGUGGUUGUAGGUCAUUUGUCUCCUUCUCAGUCUUCUGUAAAGGUUUCUGGAAAAUUAACAAACACUGAGCUGCCAGAACCACAGCAAUCAGAGUCCAUAGAAAAUGUUUGUCAGCACUUAGAAGAAAAAUCGCAUCUCAAAUCUGAACCUGCUCCUUCGUUGACGUAUCGCUACCUUCUGAAACCUGGAAUGGAGACCUCAAGGUCCCCUUCACCACAAUUUGCUCCCCAGAAGUUAACUGACAAGCCUCCCCUUGCUCUCCAGGAUGAGAAUCCCACAAGGAUUGAAAGAGUGAUGGAUAACAACACAACAGUAAAAAUGGUUCCUAUCAAGAUUGUACAUUCUGAGAGCCAUGCAGAGAAGGAAAGUAGGCAGAACCUUGUGAGCACAAUAGAGCCUCUUGCUUUACCUAGUGGCUUGGAGAAAGACCAGAUUAAGACACUCAGUACUUCUGAACAGUCCUACUCACGGUUCUGUGCUUAUACAAGGCAAGGUAUGGAACUGGAGCCUGAAAACAAGGCCAGAUUAUCUUCUCUGCAAGCUGCUGAAGGACUUGGGACCAACCCAAAGGACAGUGAUGCUCCCACUCAUGCAGUUAGCUAUGUGAGGGCCAAAGAAAAGACAAUGGAAGACUGGAAGUCAGAGGAGUUAGCCAGAGAGAUUGUGGGCAAGGAUAAAUCACUAGCAGAUAUCUUGGACCCUAAUGUGAAAAUAAAAACGACAAUGGAUUUGAUGGUGGGAAUCUUCCCUAAAGAUGAACAUCUCUUAGAAGAAGCUCAGCAGCGCAGAAAGUUUCUCUUAAAGGUCCCUUCACCAAAAGCUGCAGAAGACAAGAAAGAGGAGCCGACACCGCCCUUGGCCAUCCCUCUGACAACCAAUUCUACUUACUAUAGCACAUCCGCACCCAAGGCAGAGCUGCUGAUUAAGAUGAAGGAUAUUCAGCAACAGCAGCAGCAAGCCGAGGAGGAUUCUGAGGAUGAGCUGGAUCAUGAUCUGUCAGAGAAGAAGCAAGAGCUUAUAGACAGCAUAAGUCGGAAGUUGCAGGUGCUGCGAGAAGCUCGAGAAACACUCCUGGAAGACAUUCAAGCCAACAACCUGCUUGGAGAUGAAGUCGAGGCCAUUGUCAAAGAGGUCUGCAAACCUAAUGAGUUUGACAAGUUCCGGAUGUUCAUUGGAGACCUCGACAAAGUGGUUAACCUCCUGUUGUCACUCUCUGGUCGGCUAGCCCGGGUUGAAAACGCAUUGAACAACUUGGAUGAAAGUGCUGCUCCUGAAGAACGGCGGAUCUUGGUGGAGAAACAGAAACUGCUCACCCAGCAGCAUGAAGAUGCAAAGGAGCUAAAGGAAAACCUGGACCGAAGGGAACGUAUCGUCUUUGACAUUUUGGCCAGUUACUUAACUGAUGAAAGCCUUGCUGAUUACGAGCACUUUGUCAAAAUGAAGUCAGCCCUCAUAAUCGAGCAGCGAGAGCUAGAAGACAAAAUCAAACUUGGGGAGGAGCAACUCAAGUGUCUGACUGAUAGCCUCCAACCAGAAAGGUCCAAAUGACACUCAGCCAAGGCCUUGAAAAUUAGAACUUAAACGGCCUUUUCAAGUACAGUAUGCAACUUCUCUGACCACUAGGAGAAGAAGCAGCUAUUCAGAAGAGACAACAAUAAGUCAUGAUAGCAAUAAUGCUGAGGGUUUCUUUCUGUGUAAGUGUAUUUGCAUUUCUCGGAGCAUUUUUAAAGCUCUUUGGCUUUUCUUUAUCCCCACAGCCUUUAGAAACCUUGCAUACUCUAGAUUCUGUGCUUCAGGUUCAGUGUUUCAGGAAUCUGCGCUAGAUUCUGUGCUUCAGGAAUCUGCUGCAGUUCUGCAUGACAGCAGUAACCUUUUUAAAAAGAAUUAAAAUACAUGAUGGUUUCUGUUCUCUUCAGAUCCAUAUGGACCACUGUGGACCCCAAAUGCAAGCAACGUUCAGGACCUUUGUUUUUAUGGUUUUGUUUUUUUAAAUGCAGCCAUAACAAACCAAGAAAACACCUUUAUUCAUGUUUUCUAUCUAGUAUUAUAUUAAGGUUGGUGAGACAUAGUGACAUUUUCAUAUUUGCACAAUAGAUGCUUUUAAAAAACAAACAAACACACUGUUGCCUAAGAUCUGCCUUUCCAAAAAUUAUAUCAAAAUCAUUUGGAAAAGCAGAACUUGUAGCAGCUUCUAAUAAAACUACCUCCAAACACACGAGACUUGGUGUGUUUGUGUGGCAAAGUGAAUUUUAAAUGUCUUAGUGGGGGAUAUUAAGAAAUUAUUUUUCAUUUGAAAAUUAUCUUGGAGAUUUUUAACCUGGUCUUUUCAGUCCAUUUGUCAUUUCAGUAAUGUGGGAUGAGGGUAGCACAAGAGCAAACGUUUUAUUCAGUUCAUCUGUAAUAUAAAUGGGGUAAUUAAGGGCCUAACUCUGGUAUAUGCAGGUCUGUCAUGCAAGGCUGAAUUAUUACACCACAGUAGGUGCCACUUGGCAGGAAACAGUGGAUCACUGUUUCAGUUAGUAGGAAAUGCUAUGUACUCCAGUUUUUUACCCAUCAUUUGCAAACAAUUUGCAAAGCUAAUUGUUUUUACAUGCCUCAUGGCCUUGCUUCCUAGUGCUGCUCCUUGCCCAACUUUCUCUCACCUUCACAAUAAGUACCAUCCCCUAUUUUACUUUGGAGUAUUCACAAGUCUCCGACAUAUCUGUCUGGGUAUAUUUCCAUCUACAAAUACCUCUAUAAUAGUUGGACAUCGUUUCCUCACUUAGGGUCACAUGGAGUGAUAUGUUAAAACUGCAGUCCAAUAAAACUAUAUCAUAUCUUAAAAGUCCCAUUAAACUGCCUUUUAGAUAACAAAAGGACAUGAUAACAGAUGCUAGUAAACUAAUCUCCAAAUAAGUGCUGUUCCCUUGUACUAAUGGGCAUUUGUGAUGGAUAAAGGGAAAUGUACAUUUUCCUAUAUAGGCUAUUUGAAAUUAUACAAAGAGAUGAAAUUAGUCUGCAUCUUACAUCUUGAACUAGAGUGUCAUAGUGCCCUCUUUGGGAAAUGAAACUAAUGUAAACUUUACAGAAAAAGACAGAACUCCACUCUCAGUACCUGCCACAUGAUUUGAGUUUGGGAAAAUGCUUGUCCAUCUCUCCUUUGCCUCAGUUAGGUACAGUAAUAAGGAUAAAUGUCAUUAUUGGCUGCAUAAGGUCUUGGCAUAAUCACGUCAUAUGAGAAUUAAGUACUUUACAACUUUUGUGUCAUUCUUUUAAAAGUGGUAUUUUUGUCGCCAUCAGCAGAUGGCGCUACAUCUGACUGAUAUUAGGGAAAUGGAUUCAUUUUGUCUCAUUUUCUUCUUCUUCCUGAUUAUUAAAUAUGGCCAUGCAAAAUUAAAUCAUUACUUUGACUUCAGUUACCUGUGAUUCUUUUAAACAAAUACAUGUUGGACUGGUGUAGCAUUUCUGAUUGUGUAUGUGAACUCUGAAUAUAAUUUCAUUAUGUUUUACACAGUACUUUAAUUUAAAUCAUAUUUUUUAUCCAGCUAGCACAUGAAGAUUCAUAUAUAAUUGUGUACUAUCUUCUUCACAAUGUGGUAUUUAAUUACCACCUUGCACUCUCCUAACCCCGCCCCACACACCCAUCUCUUGUGCUCUCUCUCUCUUAACUUGUUUUGUUGGCAAGCUCUCUGAAGGGACCAGAAGAAGGAUUGGCCCUGUUGCUGUAUAUAGUUCUAUAAAUAGCUCUUUUGUUGCUUUGUAAGAGAGAGGAUCUGGUGCUAACAUCUUGCCUUUGGCACCCGUAGGUGAUGGCCUUCUUCUUCGCCUUAUGUGUCAUUGCACUCUCUAAACCUUUUUUGUAUAGUGAAAAACAUCUUUCAGAUUUUUCCACUUGUCCUUUUGAAUUGCAACCCUGAGUAAAAGUGCAUAUAGAUUGCUUGCUUAUCACUUAAAUACAUACCUACUGAUAAACCAUCUUUCUUGACCAAGGGAAAUAAACUGAAUAUUGUGUUUCAAUGUAUUGUUAUUGUUGUUAAUUUUCUCUCUUAUGUACAUCAGUAGCUACAUAAUAUUCAUCCAUGCAUAGUCUAAUCUAAACAGGAGAAUGUACAUACUAAUGUUGGACUAUGAUUUUCUUUAAGACUUUCCCCACUUCAUAUCAUUCGAGUUUAGAUUUCUUACCAAAUUUGGCUUCCAGAUGAGAAAGAGAGGUCCUAUAAAGCCAUUUGGGUGAGACUCUUCUUGCGAUAUGAGUGUCAAAUUAUGUGUUACGCUUGCUAAUCUAUGGUUUCCAAUGCCAAUCUAUGGGUUCCAAAGAGUAAGCUUUUCUGGUCUUUUUUUAAGGAUGACUUGGCCUCUGUACUGUUGCCACAGUGCUCUGUCUUUAUAUACAAAUUAGCAUUAAAAGACUAUGAUAGCAUUA